CGCACGAGCCUCGACAGCGAUUGACGUCCUCGCCGCGCCAUCUUCAGAAAAUAGUGAGCUCAACACUGAAUGAAACUUAAUUUUCGUCGUCUGUAAGAAGCUGCCCGUUGUAUGGAGUGAUAUCCCUGCGUCCAAGGAGUUUGGUCAGCUGUGGUUAUCAUGGGUAUCAAGGUGCAGCGCCCUCGGUGCUUCCUUGACAUCGGAAUCAGCAACGUGCUUGUUGGCAGAAUUGUGGUGGAGUUGUUUUCAGACAUCUGUCCCAAAACAUGUGAAAACUUCAGAUGCCUCUGCACAGGUGAGAAAGGAAUUGGUAAAGGAACUCAGAAACCCCUGCACUACAAAGGAUGUCUGUUCCAUCGUAUUGUUAAAGACUUCAUGAUUCAAGGAGGAGACUUCAGUGAAGGCAAUGGAAGAGGAGGUGAAUCCAUCUAUGGAGGCUUUUUUGAAGAUGAAAGCUUUGCUGUUAAACACAACAAGGAUAACCUGCUGUCUAUGGCAAAUAGAGGCAAAGAUACAAACGGAUCCCAGUUUUUCAUAACUACAAAACCAUCCCCUCAUCUUGAUGGUGUCCAUGUGGUUUUUGGCCAUGUGAUCUCUGGCCAAGAGGUUGUUCAAACCAUGGAGAGUCAGAAAACGGAUCCCAACAGCAAACCAUAUGCUGAGGUGAAGGUUCUGAACUGUGGAGAGCUGGUCCCUAAGUCAAAAGCAAAGAAGGAUGAAAAAAAGAAAGAUCGAGCUUCCAGUUCCAGCAGUAGCUCCAGUGACUCUGAUAGCUCCUCAGAUUCUUCCUCUGACUCAGAAGAAUCUGAGAAAGAAACCAAGAAGCGCAAAAAGAAGGCAAAAAAGCAAAAAAAGAAACAGGAGAAGGACAAGAAAAGGCCUGAGGUUGUAGUUCCUGAAGAGAAAGAACAGGAGGAGUUGGUUACAUCUACUGUACGUCCUGAGGAAAUACCGCCCAUCCCAGAGAACAGAUUCCUCAUGAGAAGAAGUCCUCAGUCUGUCCAAAACCAGAAAGAGGAGGUUAAAAAAGAUCAGAGGAGUAAAGAGGACAGACCAAGAGAGAACCUGUCCUAUAACUCACAGUCUGCAUAUAACAGAAGACUGGUGAUGACACGAUCUGGUCGAAAGAUAAAAGGCCGAGGUCCGAGGAGAUACCGUACUCCUUCUCGCUCCCGUUCAAGGUCCAGAGAUCGCUUUCGCCGCAGUGAAACGCCUCCUCACUGGCGCCAAGAGUUGCAGCGCCAGAGGAUGCGGGCAGUCACAGGCGAGCGCUGGAUUAAGGGAGACAAAGGCGACAUGAAUGAAGCCAGGAACGAGGCUGUUAAAGCUCAGAGAAAAGAGAGACGGGCCUCUAGCACAAAGCAUGAAAAAACGUCCGAUGGUAAAAAAGACAAGAAAUCUCGGUCACAUCGAUCCAAAAGCAAAGAAGAGACCGCUGUAGAGCAGGGCGAGAAGCAAAGUAAACAUAAGGCAAAGAAGCAAGACAAAUCUCAAAGUCGCAGCAAAAGCAGAGAGAAGAGUAGACGGUCAAAAAGCAGAGAGAAGACUCACAAGCACAAAAGUGACGAGAGGAGCGGUCGCUCAAGAAGCAAAAACCGAAAUGAUAAGAAAGAAAAGGAAUCGGAAUCUGAUCAAAGUAAAGAUAGAAAUAAGAGUCAUGGGUCUGACAAAAAGAAUAAAGAGGAUACAAAAGGAAGAAAUGGCGAGAGAACGCGAUCAAAGUCAAAAAGCAAGGAAAAAACGGAAUCUAAAGACAGGCAUAGAUCAAGCAGCAAAAAUCGGGAUACAAGCAGAACUCCAGCAACGAAAGACAAGGAAGAAAAACGAGAAAAAGACAGGGAGAGAGACAGGGAACGCAGUAAGAGUAAGGAAAGGCGUCGCAGCAGGAGUCAGGAAAGACGACGCAACAGUGAAAGAGACGAUAAGAGGAGAGGAGCGUCUAGGGACAAGGACGCUCGGACAAGAAGCCCAGAUAGAAACAAGACUAGAGACUCGUACAGAAACAGGCGUUCCAGAAGUAAGAGUAAUAAAAGAGAUCACAGCAAAGAUCGGUCAUCUCAUAGAAAGGACAAAGACAGAGUAGCUGCCAGCCGAAGGAGAAGACAUAGCAGCAGUUCUGACAGUGACAGACAUGAGAAAAGAAAGAGUCACAAGAGCCCAGACUCCAAAUCCAAAGACAGAAGAAGUCCGGCCAGACCGAAACCAGAUAGUACAAAAGACAAAAACAGAAACGACCGCAAGAGGAGCAAAUCCAGCUCUAGCUCCAGCUCUGAUGGGGACUGAGUCUGUGAUGGUUUCCUAUUUAAAAAGAAAGAAACUGAUUUGGAAUUCUUUGAGUUGCUUUAAUUUUAUACCCACUACUCUCUCGCAACACACACGGCACCAGCUUUCUGGGGCAUGUUCAUAUCACUCCUUUAGUGCUGAAACACAACUCACAGUUCAGGCAACUGGAAUGAGUGUCUGAAUUUUAUUUGGGAAAAAAAAACGAUUACGGUUUCAAAGGAGAGAAACCUGAGCUGCUUACAGCUGCCCUGCUCUUCCCUGAGAAUAGACCUCAAACUUACUUUUGCCAGGAGUGGCUCGAAGUGAAAUUGAUCUUUUACCAUGAUUUCUGUUCCUGUACUCUCUUCCAAAGUAGCAUUUCAGUUCCCUGGCUUUUAUUUGUGAAGUAUUUGCAGUACUGGCAGAUGCAUAUUUUGGCUCCCCUCUUUUUUUUUUUUCUUUUUUUUUAAUCAUGAAACACCUGAUGAAAAGAUAAUGAGUGGAGAAAAAAACCCUCUGGCAUAAGUACAUGUUUUUGUUUAAUUGUACAUUCAACAGUGACAUUUUUGAAGGUAUUUUUUAUUAUUUUACUUAACCGAAUCAUGUUUUGGCUUAAAAAAGGCUGUUUGCAAAAAAGGAAAGAUUCUCCCAUUUAAGCCCCGUCCCCCCCAAAGCCAUUUUUGUAUUGAAUUCUGUUUUUAAUAUUAUUUAACUGCUUCUAAAUUGGGGAAAAGUCAGUAAACGUCGAAUUAUUUUUUACUACACCAAUCUCAUUAGGUCUUGCAUGUGUGUUUAUCCCAGUCAUUGAAUGAAAUAAAUGUAUACAUCGAUUUUCUUUCUUUUGUAUGUCACAGUUUUAUUGUAAUUCCAUUUGUUAAGCAGUUUUGAGAUGCCCCCCCUUUUUCUUUUUUCUUUUUUUCUUUGAAAGAAGUCAAGUCAUGCCGUUAAGGAAAAAAACAAAACAGUUAAAAUGAAUUGUGUUUUGUGCGAGUGCGUUUUAAUAACUCCACCACAGUGUAGAAUGAUUAAAUUGUUGAGUUUGAAUUUUAA